AGAUCUACAGUUUGCCACUGGAGUGGGGUGGUCCCAGGUCUGGCUUAUCCUGAUGGCGGAGAUGGGAUGAGCUGCCUUCCAGGCAGGGGGCUGGGGGCGGCUGAGAUGGGGAGCAGGUCAUGGACUCCACACACAUUGCCAGGGUGCCUCCUCCACUCUCAGUGGCGAUGGCACCGACCUGCUGCCGUCUGCUGGAGGCAUGUUGUGAUGCAGUAGGAUGUGUGGUGUGUCUUGCUGGGUGGAGGAGCGGUGGCUUGAUAUUGGCUGAGGGUAGGCUGGGGCGUAGUGAAGAGCAGAGGCUUUUCAGUGAAGGUUCGGGAGUAGAGAUGGGGGCCCAGGACAAGAGCAAAACCCGAGGGGCAGGACGCAAAGUGGCCAGGCAUCUAAAAGCAUCUAAGCGGAACCAGAAGAAAGGAGAAUGUGGUGCUGUAGAAGCCUGAGUACAUCCAGGAUCAGCGAAGUGGAGCCCAAAUACUAUGCAGAUGGGGAAGAUGCAUAUGCGAUGAAGCGGGAUCUCACCCAGAUGGCUGAUGAGCUGAGGCGGCACCUGGAGCUGAAGGAGAAGGGCAGGCACACCGUGCUGGGCUCCAUCGAGAACAAGGUGGAGAGCAAGGGCAACUCACUUCCAAGCUCAGGAGAGGCCUGUCGUGAGGAGAAGGGCCUGGCUGCUGAAGAUAGCGGUGGUGACAGCAAGGACCUCAGCGAGGUCAGCGAGACCACAGAGAGCACCGAUGUCAAGGACAGCUCAGAGGCCUCUGACUCAGCCUCCUAGAGCCUGCAAGUGCUCCUCUCUCCACCCUGCCCUGCCCAUCCCAUCCUCACCCCUCAAGGUUUCACAAUAAACUUCACCCAGUGGCCUUGG